AUGCAGAUCAUUUUGCCUCUUGCGUGCCUGUCCGGCGCCUUCGCCGCGGUUCUCGAGCUGCCUAUCUGGGUGCGGAACUCUUAUACCGUCGUGGAGGUCAAAGUGGGCACACCGCCUGUCUCGCACUUUCUCCAGUUCGACACCGGCAGCGCGACUACCUGGAUGGACGAUGCCUCCUGCGCCGGGACCGAUGCCUGCCCAAACUCGAGCGGCUACACACGCGUCGGCUACAAUGCCUCGGGGUCCAGCACAUCAGCGGCCAUGAACACGACUGCGUCGGCCGACUACCUCGGCGGCGACAUCUCUGGCUCCGGCUUCCUUGAUUCAUUCACCUUGCCGUCAGCGCCCUCGGCCAAGUGGACGCAAUCCUUUAUGUCUGUUGACAAUAGCACGUGGUCGACGACGGCCGCUGAUGGCUUCCUGGGUCUAGCGUUUAGCACAAUUGACGAUGCCGGCACGACAUCACUGGUUGAGACGCUUAUGCAGGAUGGCAAGCUCGACAAACCGCGAUUCGGCCUGUACCUCGGCAGCGAGACUAACGACACGGGCGCUGGCGCUGGCUCCGGUCUCUUGACACUGGGCAGCUCGCACGAAACCACUUACGGAAACGGUUCGCUGACCUGGAUCGGACUCCAGAACCCCGGCCCGGACGCGGAGCUGUGGCGUACUAACAUACAGUACCUUGUCGGCACGACAUCCACUGGAAACCGCAGCACCACCCAGGCCAUCGGCGACUGGGCCGUCUUCGAUACGGGCGCCGGCCGCAUCUCUGUGCCAGAUGAAUUGAUCGAUGACAUAUACGCCUCCAUCGGCAUGAACUACACGGCCAUCAUCAACGGCGAAACGAUCCCGCUGUGUGAAGACUUCACAGACGCCUGGGGCCUUGAAGUCGUCCUGGGGAGUGCCUACGACCCGCAAACGGUGACCGUCACCGGGUCCAUGCUGAAGCAGCCCGGGUUUGCUACUGGUGAGGACAAGUACUGCUGGCCGCCAUUCGAUACAACUGGCUUCGGUGGACUGUUUUUGUUUGGCCAAGAGUUCCUGCAAAACUUUUACACCGUUUUUGACUUUGGGGCUUUCAAUACCACCGCCUAUAACGCUCAGAUUGGCUUUGCCCCUCUGAAAGAGGAGUACAGGGUGUUGGUAUAA